CCCACUUCCAUCCCUUCGGCCCACACCUCUCAUCUCUUGAUCCUGUUGUCCCUGUUUUCUCUUCCUCCUUAGCUCUUUCUCCUCCUCAACAUAACUUCAGCCUUUUCUUCUCUGCAGUGCCCUUUUCCUUGUGGUUAAACAUCUGGGUUCUGCCUAGAAUUCAUGAUAUACUCGUUUUCUUAAUUGAAUCUGUUAAUGAAAUUUUUGCUUCUGAGAAUCCUAUUCUGUUAAGCACAUGCUGACUGAAGCAAGAACAUCAUGCGAUGUGAAUUGCUGUCCUUUAUUCAACUGAUCAUUGAUUUUACAGCAAUGAUAAAUCGAUGAUUAUCCGGUCAGUAAAGCUGUAGUGGAAUUAGUGGGGUUGAGUUCUUGUUUCCUAUUUAAAGUUUCACAGUUACUGAACUGAGUUAAAAGAACUUCUUACAGCUUGAUUAUGAAUAUCCUGUGUGUUAGAUCUGAUUUUAAUGUCCACACCAACCAAUUGCUGAGAAUGAAAUGAAUGGUAGUAUCUGAAUGAGACCUGGUAUAUUGUAUGGCAGGAUGUCAUUUCAUUCAAUCCAUAGUCCUGCUGUUGACUAUAAUAAAUUGUUUGGAGCCAGUCUGAUCUUGAAGAUUCUAUUUUAGAUAUUCUGCUUGGUGGUGACUUGCUCUUGAACCUAGUACAGAGUUGCUUUCCUCUCAGAAAUGAAAGAAUAAGUUUAGGAUGUUAUUUUAGGUAUUAGCAGUUUUAGUGGGAGGCUGAGUGGGGAACAUUGAAUAUUUUGGACGCCUUGGUCUUGGAAUUAAUCAAAGCAAUAAUGACAGAUUUUAUUUAUGCUUUCUCUUUCUGCUAUCUGUCUUGUGACUUUAUUGCUGCAGCUUUAAGUGGAUAAAGGCUUGUGUUCUUACCUUCCCUAACGUAGGAAUUUCUCAUCACUCACUGUGUCAUCUGCACUGAUCUAAGCCCAUUUAUUUAAGAAAUUGUACUGGUUGGGUAACAGUUUCUGGUACAGUUGGACAAAAUUUGUUUAUAAAUUAGCUGUCGUAUUCCUUAAUGUAUUUAAGAUUAGUAAUGCUGCAGUUUUAUUAAUAUACCCAAGUUCAUUUGUUUUGUGAAGUGUCGUAUUACGUAGACAAUCAUGGUCUUUCCAUGACCAUGGUUGUUUUUGGCAAGGUUUUCUACAGACGUAGUUUGCCAUUGCUCCUUCUGGGCAGUGUCUUUACAAAUUGGGUGACCCCAGCCAUUAUCAAUGCUCUGCAGAGAUUGUCUGCCUGAUGUCAGUGGUCACAUAACCAGAACUUGCCAGCUGCUCAUAUGGCCACCCACCACCCGGUCCAUGGUGUCAUGUGACCUUGAUUGGGUGGGGGGUGAGGUUGCUAAACAGGUACGACACCUUGCCCAAGGAUGACCUGCAAGCUAGCAGGGGGAAGGAGGCCUCACACCUCUAUUACGCGAGACAUAUCUCUACUCUGCUAUCGAUACCUGAGUAUCGUAUAUAUAAAUACCUGUUUGAGUUGAUCACCAAUAGUGUUUGUACUAAUAGUGACAAUUUCUUCUCAUUUACAAUCACCUAAUGUCAUAGAAAAAUAAUGCCAUACAUUUCAUUAGUUCAAUUUGUGUAAAUUCAUUUGUUUCUUAAUAAGUUAAAUAUGUUCGAUAUGCAGAGUUUUAAAAACAAAUUACCUUCGGCUGUGAGAGGGAACAGGAUUUGAAGAGGCUUCCCGAGGCAGCACAUUUGCACCUGAUGAGACUUGGUGGUUUAGUUCCUUAGUCUGAUCUGGGUGAAAUGAAUCUCCAAAUUGCUUAAAUAAAUUUGCAAAACUCGAGCACGUAAAUGGUUUUAGGUGUGAUGCUGCUUAUAAUCCGCAGUCAGUUUACACUCGUACUGGUAGAAACCUCACGCUGUCACAGACACCAAAUACAGAGGCAAACUGUAAAACAAAUGUCGUAAAUGUAUUUUUUAUGGAAAGGUUGCUUCACAAAUAGUUCAUGAUUGUGGAGUGAAUUUGAGUUUAAUUUGUCGGUAUUUUUGGUUGUCUGCAUGAACUCAUUGUGGGGAAGUAUGAGGUGGUGACAUUUGGAUGGACCAGUGUGGAAGGUCAGUAUGCAAUUAAACAAGACACCUUUGGAAAGUAGCUAUGAAGAGACACACAAACAUGGUUAUCCAUGCUGAUUUGCAGUUAAAGAGAGAGUGAUAAGGGACUGGGCUGCAACAGGACAAAAGGUUGGGUGGAUCUUAAGGAUGGGAGAGUGUAUCACCUGUUUCAAGAAGUCAUUGGGGAAAUUUAUUGCGUGGUCCUCCGGUCACAACCGAUAGGCAGGCUGCAGGAUAGAAAGAUGCUCCCCACUGCAAGAUUAUCUGCUCUGAGCUACUUAAUCUCUGGAAUACAAAAGGAAAUUAUGAUUCAGUGUCUUGGUUAGGCUCCAUCUAGAGCAGACAGGGAGCAUUUCUUAACAGAAUGUGCCGUCUUGCAGAAACCUCUUUUGACGUUUAUCUAUAUUUAGCCGCAGUCGUCGUUUAAACUAACUAUAAUUCUCAAUAUGGAGACAUGUUCAAAUUUUAAAAUCAUAUUCAUGACUUCUAAGACUAGUGAGUUUUAUAAAUCAUUCUGCGAACUACUGUUGUUUUCCACCUUUUGUUUCUCUUUCUUUCAUCACCCUAAAUAUUGUUUAUUUUUGUCUUUAGAAGCCAUUCUGCUACCUGUCCUCUGACUCUGGACAUUAACUAUUGUAUUUUAUAUGAUCAAAGGUCUUUCCAUAUAACCAUAUAACAAUUACAGCACGAAAACAGGUCAUCUCGGCCCUUCUAGUCCAUGCCGAACUCUUACUCUCACCUAGUCCCACCGACCUGCACUCAGCCCAUAACCCUCCAUUCCUUUCCUGUCCAUAUAUCUGUCCAAUUUAACUUUAAAUGACAACAUCGAACCUGCCUCAACCACUUCUGCUAGAAGCUCGUUCCACACAGUUACCACUCUCUGAGUAAAGAAGUUCCCCCUCAUGGAAGACUUCCAUGAGAUUGGCCAAACGUGACCUUUACUUUUUGAAACCAUAUUGUAUUUCUCACAGAAUUGCCAUUGAUUGGCCACCCUAAUUAUUUAAAGGGGGUGUUAGUGAGUUGGUUUGAGUCGCUCGAGUCACAGUGUUCUAUUUGGACCAAAUUGCAUUCACCUUUUCUUAGCUCUGAUGAAGGAUCUUCAACCCAAAACAUUAACUGAGUUUUCUUUCCACUGAUGCUGCUUAACUGGCUGGGCUGUCCCAGCAUUUCUGUAAUUGAGUCAUUGGAACCGGUGUGGUGUGGCUGUUCUACAGAGCACUUGCCUUCAAAAACCAAGGGUUUUGACUUUGAUCAUGGAAUGGUUUGGAGAGCUACUGUCUAAGAAAUGUUGGGAAAUUGCUGUGGCACAUCUUGGAUACUUGGAUACAUGGAUACUUCAGCCAUUAUUACAGUAAUGGCCCAGUGUUAAGCAGAACGGUCUGUAAAUCGAUGGACUCUAGAUCUUUGUGUUAGCGACAAGGGAGUAGGACACGUAAGAAUGCUCUCCAAGUUACUGGAUGCAUGCAGCGUCAACACUGAAGAUGCCCAUCACUGUCGAGGAUAAACCAGCCCAUUUCACUUGUACCUCCAUCAUCCUGAGCAUUCACUUCCUUUAACAAUGUAUACAGGAGCUUCACUGUGUACAGUGUACUAAACACACUGCAGCUAUUUGAUAAAGCUGCUUUGACAGUUCCUUCAUCAUCUAUCUUACUUACUGCCCUUGACACCACUGGCAUUUAGGGCAGCAGUGAAGAUCCUCCAUUUCUGUCUAUCUAUAUGGUCGCACACAGAUGCCUGGGGUGACCCAAGGCUUAGACUUGGAACCUGCACCGUCCCAGGUACAUCGUCGCGGAGGGGAGACUAUGGCCAAGAUUCAGGCCCACCUUCAGCAGAUGAACCAUCAGAUCCAGGCUCAGACUUUUGCAGUGCAGAAACAGACGCAGCAACAACAGUUCCAGAGGCUCAAGUGUGCUUUUCAGGUGGAAGAUGCCUUGUCAUACCUGGACCAGGUUAAGAUGCAGUUCGGGAACAACCCGGCCGUUUACAAUGAGUUCCUUGACAUCAUGAAGGAAUUUAAAUCUCAAAGCAUCGACACGCCUGGUGUAAUUAACAGGGUUUCCCGGCUCUUCCAAGGACAUCCCGACCUAAUUCUAGGAUUCAAUGCCUUCCUGCCACCUGGAUAUAGAAUAGAGAUUCAGAAGAACAAGGCAGUGAGUGUGCAUGGACCCACCCCAGCCGAGACUCAGGUGCUGUCUGAGGCAGCACAUGAGCGUGCAACUGCCGCUCCCACCACUGCCGCCGUAGCUCCCGCUGCCCGUGCCGAUCCUUCUCCAACCCAGAGCCCUCUGGUGGGCCACAAGGAUGAGCACACAGACCGCCGUUCAAUCCGCGAAGACUCCACUCCACGUUUGCUGGAUCACCACGACGAGCUAACAUCCAAUGAUCCGCACCCUGUGGAGUUUGACAACGCAAUUAGUUAUGUAAAUAAAAUCAAAAACCGUUACUUGGAACGUCCAGAGGUUUACAAGUCCUUUUUGGAGAUUCUCCACACCUACCAGAAGGAACAGCUAAUUGUAAAAGACACCAAGGGAAAACCUUACUGCGGCAUGACCGAAGAUGAAGUCUUUGCAAAGGUUGCCAACCUGUUCCGAGGCCAGGAAGAUCUGUUGACCGAGUUUGGCCAAUUUCUACCAGAUGCCAAACGAUCUCUGUUCACUGGAAGUGCUGCAUCUGAAAAGGACGAGAGUAAAAUGAUCGAUGAAGACGAUGGAUCUAAACACUCGCAAAGCAAGAAGCGUUUGCGAACCACGCUGCUGCCCCAAGUGCCUCCUCCACUCAAGAAAAAGCUGAAGUUGUCGAGUGUGAAGGACCGGUCGUUGGCUUCUGCAGGCAAACAUGGGACCUUGCGAGAGUUCAGCUUUUUUGACAGAGUCCGCAGGAUUCUAAAGAGCCAGGAAGUGUAUGAAAAUUUCCUGCGCUGCAUCGCCCUGUUCAACCAGGAGGUGGUGUCUGGCUCUGAGCUCCUUCAGCUGGUCACCCCAUUCCUGGGGAAGUUCCCAGAGCUUUUUGCACGUUUCAAAUCGUUCUUGGGCCAGAAGGAACUCUCACUCACACAGCCUUUGCAGAGAGAUCGGCCAGUGGAUGGGAUUGCCCGAGAGAUUGACUACGCAUCUUGUAAGAGGUUGGGCUCCAGUUACAGAGCUCUGCCUAAAACCUACCAGCAACCGAAGUGCAGUGGGCGAACUGCAGUCUGCAAGGAGGUUCUCAAUGAUACUUGGGUCUCAUUCCCUUCUUGGUCAGAAGAUUCCACCUUUGUCAGCUCUAAGAAAACGCCAUAUGAGGAGCAGCUUCAUCGUUGUGAGGAUGAGAGAUUUGAGCUUGAUGUUGUCCUGGAAACCAACCUUGCCACAAUCCGUGUGCUUGAGAGUGUGCAGAAGAAACUAACCCGGAUGUCUCCAGAAGAUCAGGAGAAAUACCACCUUGAUAAUUGUCUGGGAGGAACAUCGGAGGUUAUCCAUCGCAGAGCUAUCUAUCGUAUCUAUGGUGAUAAAGCACCAGAAAUAAUCGAUGGACUUAAGAAAAAUCCAGCAACAGCUGUACCUGUGGUACUGAAACGGUUGAAAGCCAAGGAAGAAGAAUGGCGGGAGGCACAGCAAGGCUUUAACAAGAUCUGGCGGGAGCAGUAUGAGAAAUCGUACUUGAAAUCAUUGGAUCAUCAGGGAGUCAACUUCAAACAGAAUGACACUAAGGCACUGCGCUCUAAGAGUCUGCUGAAUGAGAUUGAAAGUGUUUACGAUGAGCGACAAGAGCAGAACUCUGAAGAAGGUUGCCCAGGCGUCACAGGGCCCCACCUGAUGUUCGUGUAUGAGGAUAAGCAAAUCAUGGAGGAUGCUGCAUCCCUCAUCAUUUACCAUGUGAAACGACAGCCCACCAUUCAGAAGGAGGACAAGGAUCACAUCAAACGUAUCAUCUAUCAUUUUGUGCCAGACUUGUUCUUUUCUCCGCGUGGGGAACUAAGCGAGUCGGAGGAUUCAACGGACGAAGAGAUGGAAAGUGAUCAACGGCACAGUCAACGUAAUAAUGCGGAUACAGGGCAGAAAGGAGUGGCUUCUCCGGAGAGCAGUCUGGCUGAGGAGCGGGUGGACCUACGCGACCAGGUAGCUGAAUAUCAAAAGAGCUUGGAUGACGUCUACAAUCUCUUCUUCGUAAACAACAACUGGUACUUUUUCCUGCGGCUCCAUCAAAUUCUGUGCUACCGGCUAUUGCGUAUAUACAGGCAAGCGGAGAAACAGCUAUUGGAGUAUCAGAUGGAGAAGGAGAAGGAGAAGCAAUUGCAGGAGGGAAGGAAAGAGAAAGCAAGUGAUCCUGCCGUGGAGCUCCGACUCAAGCAGCAAAGUGAGAUUGAGUUGGAAGAGUAUUACCCAGCCUUUCUGGACAUGGUAAGGAAUCUACUGGAUGGAAACAUUGAACCUACACAAUAUGAGGACACACUGCGUGAAAUGUUUACAAUCCAUGCGUACAUUGGCUUCACUGUUGAUAAGCUGAUUCAGAAUAUUGUACGGCAGCUGCAGCAUCUGGUGAGUGAUGAUGUGUGUCUACAGGCAACAGAGGUGUAUCUGAGUGAGAGGAAACGAGGAGCCGCUGGCGGGAGUUUGCCCUCGCAGUGUGUCCGAGCCAGUCUGGAAGCAGCUUACCAGCUAAGGGCUGAGCGGGUGAUGCCAGAUGAAAACUGUUUUAAGAUUAUGUUUAUCCAGAGUAAGGGACGUGUUUCCAUGACAAUUGAGCUAUUGGACACGGAGGAAGCACCAUCGGAUGAUCCCCUGGAGCUGCAGAAUUUAACAAGUUAUGUUGAACAGUAUGCUGGCCCAGAGGCAGCCCUACAGUUUGAGCAGACUGAUGGAUUCUUUUAUAAGCCAGUGUUUUUACCCAGAAACCUUCGAAAAUUUCGUAAAUGGCAGCAAAAGCAGUUUCUAUCAAUGAGGAAUGAAAGCAGGAACAGCCGACAGCGCAGCCUGGGUGUUGAAAACUCCAACAGCAUUGACUGCAAGUUUAAACUCAACACUCACAAGCUGGUGUACGUUAUGAACUCUGAAGAUUUCAUGUACCGAUGUGGGGCUCUGCAUCGAGCUCGUGAGUCGCAGUGCCAGGUUGCCAGGUAUCAGCACCAGCAGUUUCAGUUGUGGCACAACCGUUGGCUGCAGGACCACGUGACAGACGAGACGGCCGAACUGGUGCAGGAUUGGCUGAUGGGCGAGGACGUUGAGGACCUAAUCCUGUGCAAGACUGUCUGUGAAACCGACACCAUCCAUGACAUUCCCAUCAAUAAAUACCGAGUACAGUACAGUCAGUGCCCUCCCUCACCAUGACAUGCUUUUGCACUUAACGUGCUGACACACGCACACACUGCAGUUGCUAGUGCACUGCGUGACCGUGGGGAUACACCGUGCUCUCGGCUGGUGAGAUGAUUGUAAUGGCUGUCUGACUCCCAUGUAAGUGAAUGAUCGCCGCAGCACCAGUCUACAGACACAGCUAGUGUUAUCAAUGAGGAAAUGCACUUGACAUGAAUCUGCUUGUGAUCCUUGGACUCAUUCUCCCUUCCCUUUCCCCUAUUUUGUCAUAUUUUCAUCUUCCCAACCAGAUUUCACAUUGUGAUGUUGCAUGACAUAUUUUUGGUUGUACCCGAAUGCUUGCUGAUGUGUACCCUGUGACCCUGUGAUACGACCUAACCACCAGAUAGCAGGACAAGUAAAAGAUGAUUAUGGUGGUCUCCAGCUGCCGCACCUCUCUCCCACCCCAUUCUUCUCCCCUUACCUUGCAAAAAAAGCAGAGGCUGUCAUUUCUUCACCUACAGUGGUAAAUAUCUGGGACAAACUUACAGAAACGUACCAAGACCGCAAGGCUUUGGCUUCUUCAUUCAUGUACUGACUUCACCUCAUAGACCGGCUGCUUAUGUCUUCACCAGUGAGACAUCUGUCAACUCUGGAGCAUGCUACACUCUGCCAAGCCAAUUUUACAUUAUUAGAGGCGACCUUGUUCAGAUCUGAACAAAUUCAAGGAUUUCCAAGUUGCUGAGACCCUUUGAUUUUAUAAUUCCCAGCAGGGGACCCAGUGUUAAAGGUUGGUAUCAGGUGCUGACUCCAAGUCCAGAGCUGAUGGGUGUAUUUGCUGCAGUCUAUGAAAGCAGUUCUUUGCUGCUCUGUUCAGCACUGAACUGAAAUGCUUCAGUUGCAAUGAAGCAAUGUUGGUGGGAAUCAAGUUGGUUCUUGUGCAAACCCUAGGCCAAAUGAAAGUUAAAUGAAAGCAACUUAAGCUGUCCUUUUUAAAUUGAAUGCCAUCUGGGCUUUGAGCUUGAACUGCCACUCAUUCAAAUUAUGGCUGACAGCACACAAAACCCCCCUGUUUUCCUCUGAGCUACUUGAGAAUUGCUGACAUUUGUUUGAACCCUCUCAUGGGUUAAGUCCUUUAACUUCCUUUGAAGCUGCUGUAUAUUAAGUCACACUGAAGAGUGCUUUCUCAGCAAGUGGGGUGAGAGUGAGGAAUCAUGGGCUGGAGAUACAGAAACAAACACACAUGUGUUAAUAUAUUAACUGCCUGAAAUUCAGGGGAUUUUUUGACUAUUAAUGUAAAGUUUUCAAAUUUAAGGCUUGCUUCUUUACAGAAAUAUCUGUUUAAAUUAGUGUAUUGUUGAAAGAUUUCAAGUAUCGAUGUUUUUUAAAAAUGUUUUGUGAAUAAGAGUAUCUUUAGAGGGAGGCUUAAAACUGUUCUGAGAGUAUUCUUAAAUCAAGCAGCCAUCCUGAUUACCUGCGGCAUGGUGAACGUGUAGCAGGUUGAAUAAUGGAAUGUGGCCAAAGGCGAGGCCAUUGCAAAACAUUCUUGGGUGCCUCGGUGGCUUCCACGCUGAGGCAACUGUGCUGGUUGGGGUUCAAAUUCAGAAAUUGCAGAGAUGCGUGACUCUGUCGGGUGUAAUGUCUCCAGUGAUGGAAUGUUCACCGAUAUCCUCUGAAACCGGAAGUACGUAAGUAUGAGAUGGGACACAAGGGAGGAAGCUGGCAUGUUGUCAUCAAACUUUCAGGUGUUGGUGGAUCUGGGUAUCUGUCACUGUUCAUUGGUUAUCCAUGCUGUUCACCACAGCUCAUUUCUCUGAUAAUGAGCGGUGGCAGCCCACGCUUUGCUGCCUCUAUAACACAGACCUGCUGACUUAACAUUGACAGUAGUUGGAACUUGACCCUAUACACCACUAGGACUCAGUAUGGAGAAGGAUGGGGGUGGGGGUGGGGGGAUGAACCUCAGACAGGUGACUGCUUACAGUCCAAAAUGAAAAUACAGCAUCUGCUGGAAAAUGAAAACAGAAAAUGCUGAUAAUGCUCGGCAAGUCAGGCAGCACUUGUGGAGAAAGGAAUAAACUCAAUGCUAAUGACAUUUCAUCACAACUUCCAGCAUUUUGUGUUACUCAUAGGUGGCUGCAUCUGAAUGCAAUGGCCACAUCUGUAAUUUCUAUACCUGAACUAAGUGACCAAGUGGGAGAAAUGCACUUUUCUACAUUUAUUUGCCAGGCUAGAACAGAAUUUCCAUGGAUUGCUUUUGGCUGAAAACUAAACAGUCAGAGGCAGAAUGAUUUUCAUAUAAACUCUGAUGCCACGGUUGCACUUUGUCCCCCCCCUCCCCCAGAGUGGGGUGUAGCAGCACUGGGGGUACCAGUCAAGGGUUGGGGAAGGGGGCAAUCAUUGGGUUUGAUCGUAUGGUAAACUGUGGACAGGAACAGGGCUAUUGCCAUCAGCUGCAAAACAUGCAUUCACAUUAGCUGCUUUUGUUAACAACUUAUAUUUAUCAAAUGUUUUAAAAGGAAAACAAAGUCAAGAUAUUCUACAAUGAACUGUGUGUGCAAUUAGGGAAUGCAAGACAAAGUGAACUGUUGUGCUUUCUAAACGACCUCCUGCCUUCCCCCACAGCCGUGUCCAUUGUGGAUGCUAAUUUACUUCAGUGGGGGAGAAAUGGUAUCAGGGGUGCUUGAAAUCGUUAUUUGCUUCCCAGUCACCCCCCACCCCCACGCCAACUACAUCACCGGGGACACCAAUAAGGUGGUGUGCAGGCGGAGACAAUUGAAGUGAGCACUGGGUUGGAGUAGUAUUGUCUGUGAGCGAACAGCCUGUACCGUGGGGCCGCUAAUUAUGCAUUGCCACGGAGACCAUUCCUUUGGGUGACGGCCAUUAAUUGAAUGGGCUCGCCUGAUGUUGACUGCUCACGGUGAUAAUUUUCAUUUUGUUCUUGCCGUGUGAAACUAUAUAAUGUGAUUUUACAUUGUGUGAUAAUUGAAAUCUCUUGAAUUCUGUCUUCAGAUAUGUCAAUGCCAUGCUCUCUGUUUUUGUAGUGUGAUGCUUGUUUGUGAAGUCAAACAUUCGUCUCUCUCGCCCUGUCACACUCAGCCUCCUGUCCCUCAUCCCACCCUCCCUGGUUCCCCCACCCUGCCUCGCCCCCGCCCCCGCCCCCCGCCCCCAUCAGCCUAAACCUUUGCUCGUCUCCCUGCAGUCCUCGCAGUUGACAUACAGUUCUUUAGUGACUGGGGACCAAGGCUCCGGAUCCCUCUUGUGUUACUGAUAUCUAAGUCUCCAUCUCUUCCUCCUCCUGGGUUGAGGAUCCGGAAGUUCCUCCUCUCCCCCACUUCGGAGAGGGAGAGGCUUAAAUCCUGAUUCUCUCUUGGAGGUAAUGGAGCGGAGUUUGGUAGUGAUGCCCUAGGGCUUCUGAUAACCUCUUGAAUGGGAAGGACUUGAAUCCUGGGUCGCUUUUAACUGUAACUUCUAAAAGUAAAAUUCCUUCUCAUUUUCUGUUCUGAAUAAUUUACUCGCUUGGUUUUUAAUCCCUGGGCUGCACCGGGUUUGAGGGCGGGUUAACAUCAGCAGUUCCCUACAGUUUUCAUCCCUCUCGGCAAACAGCAUUGUACCUUCAUACAAAAUGUAAUAAAAAUGAAAAAUAAUUGCCUGCAGAUCGUGACAGUUUAUUGGUAGGAAGGAGAUGCCAGUCAGCAAGGAGAGGGCGGGAAACAUAAUGGACAACGCGCUUAAGUGGGUGAGGUGAUCUCAGGAAUUCCGCUAUUCAUUGACCUUUGCUGGAGAACGGUGGGUAAAGGGUCAGAAUGUCCUGGCGUUGCUUCUUGUUCCUUGGGAGCUUCACAGUCUGGAUGUAUUUGUAGUUUAAAUCCAUAACUGAGAAGUAAUAUGUAUGGAGAGACGAGAAGCUGGAAUCUGAAACACACAAAAUGCUGAAGGAAGUCAGCGGGCCAGGCAGCAUCUGUGGAUGCAUAGGGACAGUGGACGUUGGGGUCGAGGCCCUUCACUUGCCCUGAGCAACAGAGGGGGUGUAGCCAGCAUGGAUUUUUACUGUCUAUGAGAUUGAUUUCUAUUUCACAUCUCAUUAGCGCCCUUCAGCUGAGUUCAUGAGAUCUUGAUCAGAUGUUACACAAGUAUGUGCCAAUUGUAUACCUCGUGGUCCCCCCCCCAUUUUAGGCUGUGUUUUUCUUAACAAAAUACUAUUUGUUAAUCCCGGAUUGCAGACACAUCUUUAACUCCGUAUUUAAAAGCGAAAUAACCGAUUUGAAGGUUAAGAUAGGAAUAACCCUGCUCGAUACAAAUUGAAUAAAGCAACACAACGUUAUCUCCAAGAACAGAUUUUAUUGAGUUGUUAAUGCGAGUUGAACCAAUGUUUAACUGUGGAGUUUGCAGGGACAAUUUAACAUUAUAAUCGCUAACAGUUGCACGAAUUCCGUAAAAUUGACGUCCCUGCCUUGACUGUUCAGGACCUCGAUGAAAUGUUGACAAAAGUCGCCCAACUUGUCCUGUGGAGGAGAUAAAAUGAUUGCGCUAGUAACUUGUCAUCUUCACAGAAGUAACGGUCAAAGACAGAUGCUUCCCAUAUAUCAGAAGUCCUCGGUCUCGAUGGGCCGAAUACCUCUGAGCCUGAACGAUACAGAACUAGUUCGGGCCAAUCGUUUAUCAACCCGGUUUUCUUUUGUUUGUAAUUCUCUUAAUCUGCGCCUCUAUUACGCCCCUGUCGCAAACUGUCUCAAUCCGCCCACGAGUGACCUCAAAUCGUACGG